CUGGCACGUCAAGUCGAACCGCAGUCAUGGCAGACGUAAGAGCAUCUGCUCCUAAUGGCGAUUCAGCGAUAAGUGCCGAACCAAAACGACAUACGGCAUGUGAUGAGUGCAGAACACGAAAGUUGAAGUGCUCCGGUGAUCUGACUGGCUGCACCCGCUGCUUGAAACAGACUAUUCGGUGUCAUUACUCUAUACAGAAGCCUAUGGGACGCCCACCAAAGAGGAAAGCUCGCGCAGACGACGAAGCACCCGAUUUCUCCACCCAAUCCAAUAAUAGCUUGUGGCCCAGUCCAGUCAAUACACCAUCAAACUCCUUUUUAAUAGCUCCGGAUCCCAUUGCUGCAACCGAUGCGAUGCAUCUGUGCCCCCAACUCUUCUGGCAACCACAUAGCCUCUCGCCUUUAUCACAGCCCGCGCCGCCCGAUCUACUGGCAGGAAAUGAAAAUCACAUUCAUAGUCUUCAGGCAGACCGGAUGAAGAAUCCCAAUUUUCCCAUUCCCACAUCUACAAGUCCUUGGCCAGACUUUUCUACAGUGUCUCAGUCAUCAGCCAUGCCCUUUACAGUCCCAACAAGCUUCUCCGAUAUACCUUCUCUCCCACUCACCCCGGAAUCGCUAUGUUCCGACUCCACCUCGCGUCAAUGUACAUGUCUAUCCUAUCUCUACCUCUGUCUCAGCCAUAUAUCCUCCAUUGCGUCUUUCCCAGUCAGCAAUCAUACCCUCUGCUCUCUCUAUAUCGCAGCCCGAACGGUGCGGGACGUCAUUCGCUGCGAAGCCUGUCCCAAAAGUUUCUCGACAGGCGUCCAGAACGUCAUGUUUACUGGUACGCUCUUGACGGUCGUCGCAGAUGCCUGGCUGCGAGUGUACAAUAGCGACCCUGUCGAACUAGGCAUGCAGUCCGCCCCACCAGAAUAUGUCUCCCACGUGCUGCAAAGCGAAGAUCCAGCACAGCUGUGGAGUAGCUGGCUACGGCAGAUAGUGCGUCGGGCUGUCAUUGGUGGCCCCUAUGACCCGAAUGUUGAGAGCCGGUGCUCUGGCCAACCGCCGCUACUCGGUCUUAUCAAUGAGGUUGAGAACCGGCAACGCCGCUGGCAUGAGCCUGGUAAACAUCCACUCUCUCAACAACAUAACCUUUUUCAGUCUGUAAAUGGUGCUAUGUGUGAUGAACAGCCAACUGAUGAAAAAGAGCUACUUUGCAUGCGGGUUGUUGGUAGUGCGCGUGCGGUCAUUUCGAAAUUCAACUUCGAACCACAUGAAUUUCCUCAAGGCUUGGUCCCAGAGGGAUUUAAGCAAGACGGUGGAUAG